UUGAAGGUUCCCUUAUAAAUAUCGUGUCUCAUAUCAAGUAUCUCAAACGUGGAGGAUUUGAGUUCAAGCUGAUCAACAAUGAAGAUGUCAUUUGUGCUCGUUUUUACAUUUGGUUUGGUCAUCAUCCUCUCCAAAACUGGUGUGGAAGGGAGAAGGCUUGAGGAGAAUCCCUUGGAUAGCUCUCUUCGAGGAGUUCAGGGAAAGGAAUACGUGCAUGCUGAUAAUAAAGUUGUGUUUAUCUCCAGUAGUACUGGUGGAAGCAACGACGAGGAGGCCAAGAAAGACAUCAACAGUAUUCCCGGAGAGAAGAAGGUAAAAGCUGCUGCAGAUGCAUCACUUGGCUAUUCCUUUGGUGCCACGAAGGAUGCCGAGAACGACAAGAUGUUUGAUGUUAGUACCAUGUCACGCACUCGACCCACGGACAAGUUACCGCACCACAACUUAAGGGAUUCUGCUAAACGCCCUUAAGACUAUGCUGCUACCAUGAACUGCUAUCUUCUACAGUAGUAUAUGGGAUGUGUGAGAUUUGCUCAGUAUAUGGGGCAAAUGCUUUCAAGUACUUAUUGCCAUGUAUAGCUCUAGAUCAUUAUGUCAUGGAUGGCUGGGGCUUUUCUGUCAAUGUACUGAACUACUACUGCAUAAAAUAAAAUGUCCAUGGCUGCCUUGGCUUGUUA